UGGCUGGGGUUCACUUGGACUCUAUUCUAAAGGCAAAGGUAGCUGGGAAGGGCUUCUGCAGAGGAGGAUGCAGCGGGGGUUGCCAGGAACAGCCUGGCUCAGGGCAGGAAACAGAUAAGGUGGGUGGGGGAGUCAGCCCUGAGCCUGGGACUGGCUCCAGCAUAACACGGGGGUCCGCAGGGCCUGGAGAAAGGGGGGCAAUGCAGCAGGGGCACACCCACAGCUGGAACCCACCCAGAUGGACAGCUUGGGCUCUGCCACAUGGGGCUAGGCAAGGAAGGGGCAGGAAAUGGUGAGGCGGUCCCCAGCUGGCUGCUGUCCCCUGCUCAGGCUUUGGUUUCCUCCCUGCCGGCCUGGCCUGGCUCCCUGUGGUAUGGUCAUGCCCCACGCACCCCCUCCACUGAGACGGGGCGGGGAGAUACCCAGGCUGCUCUUCCUGUUCUGGGCCGAUCUCUGAGCAGCAGUUGAGGCUAAGCGCUUCCUAGCUCGCCUUUACACACGGCCUGUUCCACUGCAGCCACCAGCACCAUGAAAGAUGAGGUGGCUCUUCUGGCCACCGUCACCCUCCUGGGAGUCCUGCUGCAAGGUGUCCCAGUGCCCGCACCACCCAUCCUCCCCCAUACCCUCACAGCCUCUCUGCGCCCCAGGCUUCAGCUCUGCCCUUCCGGCUGAAAGUCAGGGACACAAGGCAGCCUACUUCUCUCUACAGGUGAUCUCGGCGCGCAGGGCCUUCCGCGUGUCGCCGCCGCUCACCACCGGCCCGCCCGAGUUCGAACGCGUCUACCGAGCCCAGGUGAACUGCAGCGAGUACUUCCCGCUGUUCCUCGCCACGCUUUGGGUCGCCGGCAUCUUCUUUCACGAAGGGGCGGCGGCCCUGUGCGGCCUGAUCUACCUGUUCGCGCGCCUCCGCUACUUCCAGGGCUACGCGCGCUCCGCGCAGCUCAGGCUGGGCCCGCUGUACGCGAGCGCGCGCGCCCUCUGGCUGCUGGUGGCGCUGGCUGCGCUCGGCCUGCUCUCCCACUUCCUCCCGGCGGCGCUCCGCGCCGCGCUCCUCGGACGGCUCCGGACGCUGCUGCCGUGGGACUGAGACCAGGGCCGCCGGAGCCUGGGAAGAAGAGCCGGAGCCUCCAGCUACCCCGGGAGGGGCGCUCGCCUCCGCUUCCUAGUCUCUCAUUAAAGUUCUCAUGACCCA